AUGGGUAUGUUCAGAGACACCACUUCUGCGCUUGCGAAAGGACUGGGGUCACCUCUGUUCCAUCUUAUCAAGCAGUCAAAAGAACGAGAAGGCCAAACUGAUCAGCCUGAGCCCCCUUCCACUCUCAAUCUGCCUCUCCAACAUAAUCACACUGCAGCAGACCUCUAUCUUUCUCCUGUGAGAUCUCCUAAGAAGAAAGCACCUCCUCUAAGUGCUACUUCCACUCCAGAUGGUCAGCCAGCUGCGACCCCCCAAACACAGAAACCACAGAAAUCUACCUCCCUCUCUCUGUUCUACAAAAAAGUGUAUCUACUGGCCUAUCUUCGACUACAUACCCUGUUCUUUCGGCUUCUCUCUGAACAUCCUGACCUGGAACCCUUGAUCUGGACCCUCUUCCAGCACACCCUGCAAAAUGAGUAUGAACUUAUGAGAGACAGGCACUUGGACCAGAUUAUGAUGUGUUCCAUGUAUGGCAUAUGCAAAGUAAAGAAUGUAGAUCUUAGAUUUAAAAUAAUAGUUUCGGCAUACAAGGAGCUUCCCAACACAAACCAAGAGACUUUCAAACGUGUUCUUAUCAGGGAAGAACAGUAUGACUCCAUUAUAGUCUUCUACAACUUGGUGUUUAUGCAGAAGCUGAAAACGAACAUUUUGCAGUAUGCCUCCAACAGGCCUCCCACUCUGUCACCUAUCCCACACAUUCCUCGCAGCCCGUACCAGUUUUCCAACUCUCCUCGGCGUGUCCCUGCUGGCAAUAACAUCUACAUCUCACCCUUGAAGAGCCCAUACAAAUUCUCCGAUGGGUUUCAGUCACCCACAAAGAUGACUCCAAGGUCUAGAAUUUUGGUGUCGAUUGGUGAAUCAUUUGGGACUUCUGAAAAGUUUCAAAAAAUAAACCAGAUGGUGUGCAACAGUGACUGCCAGCUAAAACGCAGCGCAGAAGUAAGCGCUGCUCCUAAGCCACUGAAGAGGCUGCGCUUUGAUAUAGAAGGGCAGGACGAAGCAGAUGGAAGCAAACACCUACCCCAGGAGUCCAAGUUCCAACAAAAGCUUGCAGAAAUGACAUCUACUCGAACAAGAAUGCAAAAGCAGAAGCUGAACGAUGGAAGCGAUACCUCAGCCAGUGAAGAAAAGUGAGAUUCUUCUCAGGACCAGGGGCUGCACUGCAGGCCCUCUUAGCUUGUUUUUGUUUUACAGCCUUCAUUAAUUGAGUUGCCUUUUUAGUUGCUUUUUAUUCCGAACUGCUAGUUGAAAGCAUUUGGACUUUUUAAAUUUUUACAUGUUUUUCAUGAUACUUUGCCUUAUGAUGUAGCAUAUAUACAAUGUAAGCCACUGAAUUUAAUUUAUAUAUUUUUUUGAGGAUUUUAAAAACAGACUUGGAAGGUGUCUUAGUUUCCUAUUGCAACAUUACUGAUUUAAGCCAAUUCAGUCUGCUUGGAUUGAAUUUUUCUGUCUAAAGACAAAAUGUUAGCUAGAAUGAUUUGAAAUGCACUAAUUUUGUUUCUUAGAUUUCAUUUUUUAGAUUUUCAGUACUUGCAAAUUUUGAAAAUGAGGGGCCAGAUACUGCAAAGCUUUCUGUCUCUGUAUAUAAUUAGCACAUCAAAUUCCCAUUAACUUAAACUGCACAGCAGUCAUAGACCUCGCAGAGUCAGGGCCUCGCAUUAGCAGUACAACCUGAAUUCAAAGUGAACUCAUUAUGGAGCCGUACUACUGAAACCGAUAUUUAGCGUUUUGUAGUUUUCCUUCCCCAGCUCUCGCCUCAGUGUAACUUCAGAGGGCAGGUACGCUGUCCAUCGGUUUGAAUUUCAUGGAAUAUGAAUCCCGCAGAGAUUCCUCCCAGAAGCCGAAGCUUCUUCCCGUAUGCAGAGUACUCGAUGUGCACUUUCGUAUUUUGGAAAAUCUCAAUUAUUAAAAAGAAGAAAGAACCCCAAACCUGCAUCCCACCUGGUACACGUAAGAUUUCAAAAUUCUAAUGAUGUAGAAUUUUCCUGAUUUCUUCAAGUUUCCACCUAGCUGUAGCCAAGCCAAACAGCUUGAGAAACAGGCACCAAACCUGUUUCCUCUAGCUGAAAGCUGAGUGUCUCCAGUUGGGUUCCAGGUAAGAGUAGCCUGGUCUCUAAAAGCACAGGGCAUCUCCCGUUGGCCUUACUGCAGCGACUGCACAAAAGCCGAACUUGAUGAGCCCAUGUUGGGAAAAUCAGUCUGCCUUCUUUUACUGAAAAGGCAGAGUUUAAUAGGCAACUUGUGAACUGUUCACAACUAGCAAAAAAAACCCCCCACCCAAACCCCACAACUUUUUUUCAGCUUACAUGUUUGUAAGUUACCGAUUCAGAUACUGGCAUUUUUCUUGCAAUGAUAAAGGGUUUGCAAAAUAGUCAGUUAAGGAAAGCACAUUUUACUUCCAGUGGAUUAAAAUGUAAGUAAAUAAAUGAAGUCCUGCUUUAAAAUUACCCAUUUUUAUGAAAUUUAGCUUUCGCAGCUACUUAAAUUAAAACAGUUAUAGUAGACAAGCCUGCUAUUCAUUAUGCAAACAUUUUAAAACAUCUUCUCCAGGUAGCUUAUUUAGAAAUUGUUUAGCUGAACCUAGAAUACUUACACUAGUACAUUUUAAAGAUCAGUUCUUGCCUUGAACGGAUGCUAAUCCUAGAGCUACUAAAAAUUCUACGAGCAGCACACUGAUUUGUCAAUGAAUUUUAAAAUAAAAUUGAGUUAUUUUUUUAGUCUCAAUAUGGCUUGAACUUUCUUCCUGAAAAACGUACAGAAGUGUUAGAGUACCUUAUGUUUAUUUUCUCACCUUUUGCAGUUUUACAGACAGAAGGUAGGUUAACAUUGGGGUACACCGACUGUAAGCUCUGUUACAGCUGUUGAGGUUCUUCCACGACCCUUUGGCUAGAGGGGUGACGUUACAGAGUCCAGGACCUAAGCAGUUGUAUUAUUUCUUUACUGUGACAACGUAUUUUUUUGUUCAGACAGACUGAAGGCUUUACAUCAAAUGUAUGAUAAUAUUUUAUACAACUAAUCAGUUUCUCUCCUUUCAAGAUAAAUAAAAUAGCUUUUAAAAGAUU